AUGGGUGCCGUUUUGAAACAAUACAACCAAGGAAAUUGGGAACUCCUCGGAUUCUUUUCAAAGAAAUUCAAUCCAGCACAGAGAAAUUAUAGCACAUAUGAUCGAGAGCUCCAAGCCAUUUACAGCAGUCUCAAAUUCUUCAAAUCAAUAGUAGAAGGUCGCAAACUCAUAAUAAAAACCGACCAUAAGCCGUUAAUCUUUCUUACAGAGUCUUCGAAAGCAUCGCCAAGACAGUUAAGGCAGCUCGAUUUCAUCGGUCAAUUUUGCACGAAAUCAUCUACAUCAAAGUCGUCGUUACAAUCGAAGAACUUGCGCAGGCACACCGACGAGGAACUCAAAGACUUACUUCAAAAUGAAGCUCAAUCACUGCAGCUAAAGAAAAUUCGUGUAGACAAUUCUGAUACCGUCGUUUAUUGCGACAUUUCUAAGGAAGAGAUACGGCCCUAUGUACCUAAAAGCUUACGAAAAAGAGUAUUCGAUGUCACACACCUGCCAGAAAAACAAGAUCCACAGACACAAGCGACUCGAACCAGAGCACUUCCCACAGUGCCUGAUACAAGAUUUGAUCACGUGCACAUGGACAUCAUUGGACCGCUACCCAACAUUAAAGGAUACCGUUACUGCGUAACAAUGAUCGAUCGUUUCACAAGGUGGCCUGAAGCAGUUCCAGUUCAAGAUAUUUCAGCGGACAUCGUUGUGGAUGCACUUUUUCAUACCUGGAUAGCACAUUUCGGCGCACCCACGACAAUCAUUACCGAUCAAAGAACACAAUUCGAAUCGCAACUGACUACAGCGUAUCAUCCAGUAUCAAAUGGGAUAAUUGAACGUUGGCAUCGUUCUUUGAAAACUGCAAUCCGUUGCCAUGAAUCUAAAAAUUGGUUACAAGCAUUACCAGUUGUUCUGUUAGGGUUACGCACCAGCAUCAAAGAAGACAUAAAGGCCACAGCAGCAGAAUUGGUAUAUGGAACUACCCUACGUUUAUCAGCCGAAUACUUCUUCAACGAAGAUGUUGCACCAGAACCAGAGACUUUUAUACAACAUUUCCGAGAGCACAUGCAGAAUGUCGUCAGGUCUACGCCAACAGCUCAUCACAGUAAAAAGAAGACAUUCACGCAUAAGACUUUAUAUACAUGUACCCACGUCUUUGUGCGAGUGGACAAAGUAAAAGGCCCACUAGAACCACCAUACGAAGGACCGUACCCGGUAAGCGAAAGAAUCACAGAUCAUGUAUUUAAAGUUCUUAUUAAAGGAGAGGCAGUUAACAUCUCGGUGGAUCGCUUUAAACCGGUAUUCAUGGAAGCAAGAUUUGAGGAAGAAGGCGAGUCAUCAUCCAUGCAAGCCACGGAAACUACCAAAUUGAGAGUCUACCCGAGAGUCUACUCAAGGGGGAGUGAUGUAACGUCCAUUCACCCUUCCAACGACGAUUUGGAGAUUUCUCGUGGACAAACCACGGGACGGCCAAUCACAACGCGACAUGUGACAAUAGCGCCACACUAG